AUGACGGAGAACUUACCCGAGGAGGUAACGAAGUCGAGUUUCCGCCGUAAGGUAUGGGACUACAUGACGAAGAACGAGCUGGUGAACUUCCCCGUCAACAUAUACAAGCGUAUACCGAACUUCAAAGGCGCCGCGGAGGCGGCGCAGCGACUGAUCGACCUGGAUGAAUUUAAGAAGGCGAGAGUCAUAAAGAUAAAUCCGGACAAGCCACAGGAACCAGUGAGGUUUUUAGCUCUGGAGGCAAAUAAGGAAAUCAUCGUUCCCAUCCCCAGGUUGAGAACUGGCUUGUUCCUACAUGUUACGCCGGUUGCCGGCGCGACAAAGGAACAGCUGAAAACAUUGGCUUCCAUGCGCGGUCUGGAGCAAACGGGUAAACCACUUGGGCUAGAUUCCCAUAUCAAGGUAGAUCUGGUUGUGCUGGGAUCUGUAUGCGUCAGUCGGGACGGAUACAGGCUCGGCAAGGGGGAAGGUUUCGCGGAUCUUGAAUUUGCGAUGAUGAUGAAAAUGGGCACGAUAACAGAAAACACGAUUGUUGUCACGACAGUGCACGAUUGCCAAAUCGUAGAUCACUUACCACCGCAAUUGUUCAAAGAAUAUGACGUGCCGGUAGAUAUAAUUGUCACUCCGACACAAACUAUCUACGUAGAGUCGAGACUGAAGAAACCGUCUGGCAUUCUGUGGCAUAUGCUUAGCGAAAGAAGACUCAAAACCAUGCAGGUAUUACAGCAGCUCAAAGAGAUGGAUGAAAACAAUGGCAAAAUCGUAGUCCUGAAGGAAGUCGAUUCCGACGUGGAGACGCGCCAUUAUAUCAAGAAUCGUGUUAAAUAUCCGAGAAAUAGGAAGCGCUUCAAUGCGAAGAGAGAUGUGUCCAAUACAGAAAACAUCGUGGAAGGCGAAAAGGAUAAAGUUGACAAGCCGCGCCUGCCACGAAGGCGAACGUAUAAGAAGCCAAAAGUCGAAGAAGAAAGUAAUCCUCCUAAUGCUGAAGUAGAAACAAAGGUAGAGAACAGCGCGAAGAAUGCGUCCCGGCGGCGUAAGAAUCUUCGUGCUAGAACGAAAACGCAUAUCGACUUUUCGUUGAAGCUCUCUAACAUCUCGUCCGGCGUGAGAGUCCGCGAUCUGAAGAACGCUCUGCUGAUGCGUGGCGUUAAACCGAGUGAGAUAACUUGGCAGGGCUACCGUGGCAUUUGUUAUCUUCACUUCAGCAAACUCAGGAGCGAGGCCGCUCCGCCAGAUCAGCCAGUUCAGGUAGAUUCGAUUGUGGCGAAUUUGCAACAGCUCCGAAUCGGUGAGUCCGUGAACGACGAAGAGGGAUUCAUAUACGUAGAACCUGCGAAACCGAUUUCCAGAAUUGAAGUGACCGAUGUGACAACCGUCUAAACGUUUAUCGAAAAACUACAUCGAACAGGCAAUUACGUAACAGGUAAUUAUUUCUCGGUCGUUUACAUUUCGACGUCGAAUGUAGGGAUGGACGUCUUCCAAAGUCAAUCCUUUUUCUAUGAGAAUUUUGUCACGUAUACUGACAAUGAGGUGUCUCAGACAAUGCGCAUUUCUUCUCAGUUAUAAACUCUAAUGAAUUUUGUCUGUAAAAAGUGUAGCAAUAUUUAAUUAAAAGCUAAAAUUGGCAUUCUUUAGCUUUUUUAUCUAACUUUCAUUGUUUUGUCCAUUAAUUUAAGAAUCACUUUAAUUAAUAGCCAUUAAUUAAAGUGCAUUUUAAUUAAUUAUUUAAGUGUUCUUUAAAAUUAAAUGAAUUAAGUGGACCACGCAACCAAGUAUUUAUGACAGUAAUAAUAGACCAUAAUUUAAAUUGCUAAUUAAAUUUAAUAGCUGAAAGAAAUUGCGCAACUUUUGGGGCAUACUGUACCUUAAUUUUUUUUUUAUAGACAUUAACUUGAAUACUUAAAGCACACGCAUUAUAUAUUAACGUUAUUAACAUGCGUUUCGUAUAAUUUCACAUUAAUGUUAUUUUACUUAAAUCUAUAUAUUGGAGUUGUACUUGCGAAUUACUCCGAAUACAUCGACGAGGAUUUGCGUUCGGUUUAAACUAAGAUGUGAUAUAUACCUAGUGUAGUGCGAAUAUUAAUAUUUAAUAUUAAUAAUGAUUACAAUUAACAUAGACAUACCGCAUAUUUUUGGUUGACGAUUUUAUUUAUACAUUUACAUUAAUAAGCCGUUACAUUUUGACGAGAAUAUAUCGGGUAACUUUCCAGUAAAUUCGUCGCAACGCCCACGAAAUAAUCUGUGAUCAAAAGAUACUUAGGAGUAAGAUAGUUGGUCUAUGGGGAGAAACAAUAACAAGCACAAAGUCGCUGAAUGGAUUGAGAUAUAAAAAGAUCAUCAAAAUUAUAUUAGAUCGGUAUCUUCGCGCUGUUCCAAACCAAAAUAUUUUCUUUUAUUUGUUAACGGUUAGGUUUGUAAUUUUAUAAUGUGCAAUAAUGUAAAUUGAUUAUUGCAUAUUAGAUUCCCUCUGAUUGUAUGAAAUUGAGGAUAAAUGAAUCUUUGUUCAUUAGUGAGAAGUGAUUCGGAUAAUUUGGGCAAAGAGUUAAUCUCUUCUAGUCUGAAACCAUUAAUGAAAAGUCAAAAAUAUUUCUUUUUGGCACAGAUUAAUGUACAUAAGAUACAAUAUGUGUGACCUAGAAUUAAAAAAAAAAAAAAGAAAAUUACAUACCCCGUAGAUACGUUGACUGUUGUUGUGUCUCUUCAUGGAGUAGCAAAACUCGUUGUGAAUUACUAUUUUCAUUCUCUGCAAAAAUAUGAGUUGAGAUUAAUAGAUAGAGUAGAAUGCAUAUCUGCGAUAAUAUCUGAUGGUAAUCAUCUAAUGUUAUGGACUGAUGACAAUAGUUUAAGUGUGUCGUUUGUAAAGGACAUCCGAAACAGAUGGAAAUGAUUAACAUUUCUUCAUUGUUUAAACAAAGAGAAAGAAUACUCUAUUUUUCUGAACAAAAAAACACACGGACAUACACACAUAUGUAUACACGCGCAUAUAUAUUCUAAAAAAAAGGAGAUAUAUAUACAAAUAAUAUAUUUUCAUGCUCUAGCCGCUUUAUAGACAUGUUGCGGUCUUCCAUAUAUUGCCAUUUGAGCGUGCAGGGAAAACAAUAGGUGCUUGCGUGUCGGCUGACAAAACAGAGAAACGGCAAUACUUUGUGAUAUUAACAAAUAUGAUUUAUUUACUUUUAUUGUUUCUAAUCGUGCCGGUGACGUAGAACUUAUGGUGAUUGUUUCUACGCGCAAUAGACUUUAUCUCGCUAUUACUUAUAUAUAUAUAUAUAUCAUGUAUAUAAAUCUUGCGUAUAUAAAGGAAACGUUUCUUUUUAUCAAA